AUGGUGAGACUCACACCAUCGGAUGGAUCUACAAGCUUGGCACCGCGGUACAUCAACCACAUGACCAUGGAAGCAUUCUACCAGAUCUACUUGAUGUGGGCCAAUGGGGCAGCCCUUGAUGAGUCUGAGAUUGCUGGAUGUUGGUGCUUCCGCAAGACCUAUGACACUCAAUGGAAGUCCACUUUGCGGAUGCGAACUGUAUCACAGCAUGCCAGGUGCAGUACUUGUGCAGAGUUCAGCGCCAGGUGCAACAAAGCAGCCUGUGAGUCUGACCGCUUGAAGUUGGAGGCUGCGCAGAAGGGCCACCUUCUCAACGUGCACCAGUACCGCCUCAUUCAGGGGCGGUUGAACACCCUCAGCGAGACAGAGGGCUCCAACAUUUUGAAGAUUGACCUCGAUGGCCUUGACCAGAAUAAAACAAAGUUUCCCAGGAAUCUAGCAAGCUCCAAGACUCUAUCUAGCUGCUGGCGUCCUCAGUUACACCUGGUAGGUGUUAUCGUGUGGGGUGUUGUUGAGGGAUAUGUCAUUUUGCCACCGGAUGUGGCAAAGGACUCCAGUUGCGAGGCCACGUUGGUGAUGAAGGCUGUGGACUGGGCCCAUGAAGAGCUAUCUCGCCAUGGCCGUUCUUUGCCAGAACAUCUGGUCAUAGAGACGGACAACUGUGUCAGAGAAGGCAAAAACCAGAUCAUGGCCAAGCUGAGUGCCAGUGCAAUCAUCACAAACCGGUUCAGGUCAGUCACGCACAUCUUUGGCCAAGUGGGGCACACACACGGCCCCAUUGACCAGCGGUUGGGCCAAGCAGCUGCCACAUUCAGCAAGCAAGCUUGCAUUGAAUCACCUGAGGAUUUUGUGGAUCUGCUCAAGAACCAGUUCUCACCAAUCCGGAACAGAACUCUCAAGGUAGAACUACUCCCAGGAAGUCUGGAUAUGAAGAAAUACCUGUCUCAGUACACUGUUGAGAUUGGAGGCCUGGUGACCUCCCACCAUGAUCCAGCUGAUGCAAACCAUUGCUGGCGCUUCAUCCGCCGCAGUGACCUGCCUGUCUAUGAUGACCAAACUGGUGAGUCGUGGGCUCCUCAAGAGAUCCCAAAAGAGAGCUACCCGCACCUUCCAAACGACUGCAUCCUUUUGGUCAAACACUUGGUGAACUCAGAGAGCCUGAGUCAGAGCCCAAUGACUUUGCUCCCAGCAUCCUUCCAAGACAAGGUGAAGGUUGGAGUGCAAGCUCUUCCCAGGAACUUGAUUGCGGACAGGGCCAGAAAGGAGUUCCGUCGGACUGCGGAUGUGGUGGAGAGGGACCCGUGGCUACUACAUAAAGCUGCAAAAGCUUUGCGAGAGUGGGUGGACAACAAUGAGAAGCAGGAGUGGCCAGAGAUUCCAGAGCCCAAGUGGUGGUUCAGUACUGAUGUGCGUGAGCUGGGUGUGGAACCAACUCCCAAUGGGUGGGAGAAAUUUGCACCUGGGCCAGUGCGGCAGGUUACCAUCACCCCGGGGGCUGCCAUUGGUGGAGAGCCAAAGAGACGUGGGAGACCUCCUAAAAGGAAGGAUGCUGAGGUAGAGAAAGUGGUACCGCUGGGGGAGGGUGAGCAGGUCUUUGGGCCCAGGUCCAAAAAACGGAGCACUGUGGUUCCUCCCACAGAGGAGAUCGUGCCUAAAGAUCUCUUUGGUGCUGCUGCUGACCUACCUGCUGACCCACCUGCUCCAGAGAUGCCUUGGCCUACCCGGGCAACCUUUGCAGGCAGGAAGAAGCCAACUAAUGAGGAGGCUGGUGCAAUCUUUGAAGCUCGGAGGUCAAAGUUCUAUGAAAUGGUGCCUUCUCAGUAUUGGCGGGAUGGGCUUGAGCGGGACUACUGGAACAAGUGUGUCCAGGGUGGCUGUGUGGAUUUGGCAGUGGAGGAGUUCUUGAAAGACCAUGGUGCAGCAGCUUCAAACCAAGGUGCUGGUCGUGGGCGUGGGCGUGGCCGUGGCAAGCAGGCCAAGGCGAAAGCCAUGCCCAAGGAGCCUGGCAGGAACCGAGGCCGUGGCCGCAGCAAGGCUCUGGGCAAGCGCUAG